ACCUCGGACACAAACUUGAAGGACUCUUUGGCCUCAGUCCCUGGGCCAGCCGGGUCCAGCUGCACUGAGUAGAGUCUGUUCAUGUCUCGAUUCAGCUGCAAACCUUCUUUCCAUAUGACCCCGUUGUCUUUGGUCCGCUCUGUGCUCUACCUAUCUAACAGCUGCAGCGCCAUAAACACACUGCAGUCUGGUCGCUUUAUCGCAGGGAACUUUGAUCCACGCUUGUAUAAAGAAGGCAGGACGCCGAGUAAAACGACUGGCCGCGUGUCCUCGAACGCAGCACGGAUGGCAGAACAUGACUUUGGAAGAGCGUGAGAAAGGUAGUUCCUGUGGAGUGAAAAAGCGUAGACGUUAAAGACAAGAAGAAGAGAACGGCGGGGAUGAGAGGUUCAUUCACCUUUUGACCUGCCAAACAUUGAGCUACAUGUUGCAACAUGGUGGACACUGACAGAAGCUUCACUCAGGCCAACGGAUCCUCACAGCAGCAUGCAGACACACAAUUGUUCUCCUCAGAGGAGGACAGCAGUCUGUACUUUACAUACUCUGGUGACUGUAACCAGCUGGAGGUUAACAACCUGCACUAUGAGGUGGACACAGCAGCUCAGAUUCCGUGGUAUGAGAGGCUGUCAGAGUUCAAGUUGCCGUGGGAGAUUAAAGGAGACAAGCAGACAGCCAUCAACAACCUCAGCCUGCGUGUGUGCAGUGGACAGAUGUUGGCCAUUAUUGGAAGUUCUGGCUGCGGUAAAACGUCCUUGUUGGACAUCAUCACGUGUCGAGACGAAGGCGGCGCCGUCACCUCUGGCCAAAUUCUGAUCAACGGUCGACCCAACACGGCCCAGCUGGUGAAGAAGAGCAUCGCGCACGUGCGGCAGGACGACCGCCUUCUUCCUCACCUCACCGUACGCGAGACCCUCGCCUUUGUGGCCAAACUGAGACUGCCCACGCACUUCACACAGACCCAGCGGGACCAGAGGGUGGACGACGUCAUCGCAGAGUUGCGUCUGAGACAGUGUGCCCACACCAGGGUGGGUAACGACUACGUACGGGGGGUCUCUGGAGGGGAGCGGAGGCGGGUCAGCAUCGCGGUCCAACUCCUCUGGAACCCUGGGAUUCUGAUUCUGGACGAGCCCACGUCGGGUCUGGACAGCUUCACGGCCCACAAUCUGGUGAUCACGCUGUCCCGCCUGGCUCGGGGAAACCGCCUGGUGCUGCUGUCCGUCCACCAGCCUCGCUCGGACAUCUUCCAGCUCUUCGACCUGGUCGUCCUGCUCUCGUCCGGCUCGGCCGUCUACUGCGGCGCCGCCCGGGACAUGGUGCCGUACUUCACGGCGCUGGGAUACCCGUGCCCACGAUACUGCAACCCGUCUGACUUUUACGUGGACCUGAUCAGCGUAGACCGGCGUAGUCCAGAACAGGAGGCUGAGUGUUUGGAGCGAGCCAGAGUAUUGGCACAGCACUUUAUGGACAAAGUCCGAGACACUGAUGACCACAUGUGGAAGAGCAGCACGUGUCCAACGCUCACUGACAGUUGCCCUGACAUGGCGGCGGAGGAAGAAGAAGAUGCCAUCAUCAUCGCCAAGCAACAAGAGCGUCUACCCGGCAGACUCCAGCAGUUCACCAUCCUCAUCAGGCGUCACAUGUACAACGACUACAGAGACCUGGUCACCCUGCUGGUCCACGGUCUGGAGGCCCUGCUCAUGUCUCUACUGGUGGGUUGUCUCUACUACGGCGCAGGCGAGCAGCGUCUGUCCAUUCAGGACACGGUGUCCCUGCUCUACAUGAUCGGAGCGCUCACGCCCUUCGCCGUGGUGCUGGACGUCAUCGCCAAAUGUCACACGGAGCGAGCGAUGUUGUAUCAUGAGCUGGAGGACGGCAUGUACUCUGUCACCUCUUACUUCUUUGCCAAGGUGCUGGGUGAGUUACCUGAGCACUGCGUCUUCACCUUGGUCUACGCGCUGCCCAUCUACUGGCUGGCGGGCCUUAACGAGGCGACGCUGCGCUUCCUGCUCAACUUCCUGCUGGUGUGGCUGAUGGUGUACUGCAGCCGCUCCAUGGCGCUCUUUGUGGCCGCUGCGCUGCCCACCCUGCAGACCUCCGCCUUCAUGGGCAACGCCCUCUUCACCGUCUUCUACCUGACUGGAGGCUUUGUCAUCAGCCUGGAGAACAUGUGGCUGGUCGCCUCCUGGCUGUCACACGCUUCCUUCAUGAGGUGGGGCUUUGAGGGGCUGCUCAAGGUGCAGUUUAAAGGGAACAAAUAUCCUGUCACCAUCGGGAACUUCACCCUCAACGUGGACGGAAUACAUGUGGUGGAGGCCAUGAACAUGAACCAGUAUCCUUUGUACUCCUGCUACUUGGUGCUGCUGGCCGUCUGUCUGGUCUUCAUGGCGCUUUACUACGUCUGCUUGAAAUUCAUUAAGCAGAAGUCCAGUCAAGACUGGUCCGAGUGUAGUGGGUGGAAGAUGUUGUCCAUAAUGGCUUGGAGCAUUGCUAGACUUCUCCUCUCUGACACCACCGCCAGAGUCUAGCUCCACUUCCACAUUACUGGUCUUCCCUACCAGCUUGUCCAGUCUGUUUGCGUUCCCCGCUCUCAGUCCGCUGCCCCAGCAAGCCACGGCGUACAAGAAGCUGCCCGCCUCCCCCGACUCGUAGAACAUCUUCAUCAUCUUUGUACAGACGUUGAAGGAUCUUAGCCUCGUGAGGAAGUAGAGGCGGCUCUGAACCUUCUUGUAGAGUGCCUCAGCGUGUUUUGACCCAUUCAGCUUGUUGUCAAUGUGUACUCCGAGGUAUUUAUAAUCCUCAACCAUGUCCACAUCGCCCCCUCCACCCUCCCUUCCCCGGGUGGAAACAGGGGUUGCCGGAGUACUUCUCCUCCUUCCCAGGUCCACAACCAGCUCCUUGGUCUUCGUCACAUUGAGCUGGAGGUGGUUCUUUCCACAACAUGUGACAAAGUCCUCCACCAGUGCCCUGUAUUUCUCCUCAUCACCAUCUUUAAUACACCCCACCAUCGCAGAUUAAUCAGAAAACUUCUGAAGGUGGCAGGACUCUGACUGAUAGUGGAAAUCGGUGGUGUAGAUGGUGAAGACGAAGGGGGAGAGGACUGUCCCCUGCGGGGCCCCGGUGUUGCUGACCAGUCUAUCAGACACACAGUCCUGCAGUCGCACAUACUUUGGUCUGUCAGUCAGGUAAUCAACAACCCAGGACACCAAGAGGGCCUCCACCUGCAUCGUCGCUAACUUCACACCCAGUAGCACUGGAGAAGUAAAAAAACAUGACCCUCACACUGCUCGCAGGCUUGUCCAGGGGGGUGUGGGCUCGGUUCAGCAGGUAGAUGACCGUGUCCUCCACUCCCAGUCGGGGCUGGUAGGCAAACUGGAGUGGGUUCAGGAGGGGCUUGAUCGCCGGGCGUAGUUGUUCCAGGACCAACCUCUCCAUGGUCUUCAUGAUAUGGUAGGUUAGAGCCACCGGCCUGUAGUCCUUCGAUGUGCUAGGUCGCGUGCACUUGGGGAUGGGGACCACGCAUGAGGUUUUCCACAGUGUGGGGACUUUCUGCAGCCUAAAGCUCACGUUGAAGAUGUGCUGAAGCCAGGGGCGCCGCUAGGGAUUUUGGGCCCCAUGAAAAGAAUCUUUACAGGGCCCCCAACACAGUGUCAUUAUUUUUUCUGUAAUAUAAUUUCAUCAUCAUUAGGGGCCUCUCUGGGCCCCCCUCCAUCAUGGGCCCCUAGAAUCCGUCUCCUUUACCCCCCCU